AAAUGCAGCCUCAUUUCUUCAAGAACAUAGUUCUGACUGGGGGAAACACCCUUUUUCCGGGCUUCAGGGAUCGGGUGUAUUCUGAAGUUCGAUGUCUUACUCCAACUGAUUAUGAUGUUUCCGUUGUUCUUCCUGAAAACCCUAUCACUUAUUCUUGGGAAGGUGGGAAGCUCAUUUCUGAAAAUGACGAUUUUGAAGACAUGGUAGUAACUAGAGAAGAUUAUGAAGAACAUGGACACAAUAUUUGUGAAGAGAAAUUUGAUAUAUAGGUAGCAUAGUUGGAUACAUUGUUAUUCCAUUGUUUUACUCAGAAUGGCACUCUUCAAGUACCGCCUGUUCUCUGACAGUUAGGAUUGUGUUUUAGCUUUCCUGUACUUAUGUGGGUUGGUAAAAAAUAAUUUUCAGAGUUUAAAAAUAAAGUUUUACAAGCCUAA